AUGGAAGAAGAGCUUGCUAUGCUCAGACAGCUCAUUGGCCAUCUUCAAGAGCUCUUAAACAACGCCUCUCCUCCUCCUCCUCCUACUCCUUCACCUCCCUCUUCCUCUUCUUCUCCCUCGUUUUUAGUUUUACAAAAUCCUCAGUAUCAGAACCGAUGGUAUUUGCCCUUUGUUGAAGAAACUUCCUCUGAUGAUCCUUGUACUCUAAUGGCUGCUGGAAAGAGGCCAGAGACUGUCAAGCAACCUUUCAAGCGUUCUCGAAAACAAAAGAAUCAAACAAAAUCAUUCACUGAAUCAAAUGGCAUGGAUCAAGAAAUCUGGCGGGAGUUUCCCCAAGAUCUAUUUGAAGCUGUUGUUUCCAGACUACCUAUUGCCACACUCUUCCAGUUCCGUUCAGUUUGCCGCAAAUGGAACACUCUCAUUGAUUCAGAUAGCUUCUCCAAAUACUACACCGAGCUCCCUCAGACCACCAUCCCAUGGUUCUACACCAUAACCCACGAGAAUGUCAACUCAGGACAAGUCUACGACCCUUCUUCCAAGAAAUGGCGACAUCCGGUCAUCCCUGCCUUGCCAAAGAAGAGCAUUGUUCUGCCAGUGGCUUCCGCGGGAGGUCUAGUGUGCUUCCUAGACAUUGGUCAUCGUAACUUCUACGUGAGCAACCCUCUGACCAAGUCUUUCAGAGAGUUGCCAGCCAGGUCCUUUAAGGUAUGGUCUCGUGUUGCAGUGGGAAUGACUCUAACAAGUGAUGGAUAUAAGGUCUUGUGGGUUGGAUGUGAAGGAGAGUAUGAAGUCUAUGAUUCCUUAAGAAACGUAUGGACCAAACGUGGGACCAUUCCGUCAAACAUAAAGCUCCCAGUACUACUCAACUUUAAGUCACAACCAGUGGCAAUCCACAACACUCUUUACUUCAUGUUAACAGAUCCAGAAGGGAUACUGUCUUACGACAUGGUCUCUGGGAGAUGGAAGCAAUACAUCAUACCGUCUCCACCGCACCUGAGCGAUCACACGUUAGCUGAGUGCGGAGAGAGGUUGAUGCUGGUGGGUCUUGUGUCUAAAAACGCAGCCACGUGUGUUUGCAUAUGGGAGCUGCAGAAGAUGACGUUGUUGUGGAAGGAGGUUGACAGAAUGCCAAAUGUUUGGUGCUUGGAGUUUUACGGAAAGCACAUUAGGAUGAAUUGUCUGGGCAACAAAGGUUGUCUGGUGUUGUUGUCCUUGAGGUCUAGACAGAUGAAUCGUUUGAUAACGUAUAAUGUUGUUACUAGGGAGUGGAGCAAGGUACCUGGGUGUACCGCUGUUUCUCGAGGGAGAAAGAGACUUUGGAUCGCUUGUGGAACAGCGUUUCAUCCUUCCCCUACGGCUAGGGCUUGA